AUGCAACAUCAGGAGUCGAACAACGGCUACAGUGGGCACAACGGAAAUACUGGUCCCCGUCAUCAAAACUCCUUUUCAAAGCCCGCCAUGAACGGCGAUCAUACCGGCUUCUCGCACGGGGCGUAUCACCAGAAUCAGCAUUCAAUGUCUGGCUACGGAGAUCGCCACCCCCAACGGAACAUCCCUGCAAUCAAUACAGGCAGGGUUGGACAGCAUCAAAAUAUGAAUGAUAUGCAGACUCCUGGAACGGCUUUUGAUAUGAAUUUUACUCCUUUACUUCCUUCGCAACUACUAUUGGGAAGUCCUUUUCAACCAGGAUCUCCAUCCGCUUUCACCUCCCCGCAAUUUCAGAACUUUUCUAGCUUCGCUCAAAAUGCUGCCACUCAGCCACAGGGACAACAAAAUCAGAUGGGUAGUCCUCUUCAGCAGCAGACACCGCUAUCCCCGCAAAUGUACAACAGCAUGAUGUCUCCAAACUCCAUGAACGCACCGGCAUUCUUCGGUGGUCCUCAAUCACCAACGGGUGGUUACCCUGGAAUGGGUAAUCAAGCGAUGGGCGGGAUGGGCGCAUCAAUGCAUAUGGCUCCUGGCCUCGUUUCUGGCACCAGCCGAACCGUCUAUUUGGGUAACAUCCCUCCUGAGACAUCUGCUGAGGAGAUUCUUGGUCACGUACGAAGCGGUCAAAUUGAAUCUGUCAGACUCCUUCCUGAUAAGAACUGCGCAUUUAUCUCGUUCUUAGAUAGCAGUUCUGCGACCCAUUUUCAUUCGGAUGCCAUUCUUAAAAAAUUAUCCAUCAGAGGUCAAGACAUUAAGAUCGGUUGGGGCAAGCCAUCUCAAGUGCCCACAUCAGUAGCACUCGCUGUCCAACAGUCAGGCGCUUCACGCAACGUGUAUCUAGGGAACCUGCCCGAGGAUGUUUCUGAAGAAGAGCUCAGAGAAGAUCUUGGCAAGUUCGGACCCGUUGACACGGUCAAGAUUGUGCGUGAGAAAGCUAUUGGCUUCGUUCACUUCUUGUCUAUUGGAAAUGCAAUCAAAGCUGUAGCUCAAUUGCCCCAGGAGCCAAAAUGGCAAACCCCCCGACGCGUAUACUAUGGGAAAGAUCGGUGUGCCUAUGUUUCCAAGACUCAGCAGCAGAAUGCUGCGCAGUAUCUUGGCAUUGCCCCCGGAUAUGCACACGUCCUGAACGGCGCAGACCGUGAUAUUAUCUCGAAUGCGCUUGCACAGCAGUCUGUUGCUGCCGCCGCUGUCGCCACCUCCGCUGGCGGAGUGAACAAUCUCGGUAAUAGAACUGUUUACCUGGGUAACAUUCAUCCCGAAACCACAAUCGAAGAGAUUUGCAACGUGGUUAGAGGAGGUCUGUUGCACCAUAUUCGCUACAUCCCGGACAAGCAUAUCUGCUUCGUAACGUUCAUUGACCCGACAUCAGCUGCAUCAUUUUAUGCGCUGAGCAAUCUGCAGGGUCUUAUGAUCCAUAAUAGACGUCUCAAGAUAGGGUGGGGGAAGCAUUCAGGCGCACUUCCACCAGCCAUAGCGCUUGCAGUCAGUGGUGGUGCUUCGCGCAAUGUCUACAUCGGCAACCUCGACGAGUCAUGGAGCGAGGAGCGGCUGCGUCAAGACUUCGCUGAGUAUGGCGAGAUUGAACUUGUUAACGCCCUCAGAGAAAAGAGUUGCGCAUUUGUCAAUUUUACAAACAUUGCCAACGCAAUCAAAGCAAUCGAAGCCAUUCGCGGGCGAGAAGAGUACAAAAGAUUCAAGGUUAAUUUCGGCAAAGACAGGUGUGGAAACCCACCUCGUCAGAUCAAUUCUGGAAACCAGAUGCAACAGAACCAGCAGUCGGGUAGCCACGAGGGCAUGUCAUCACCUUCACCUAUCAACGGUAUUCAGCAGAAUCGAAGUCAGACCUCUGUGUCACCGACUGGAUCAAAUGCUCCAGGUGGAGUAGCCAGCACGAAUGCUCAGUACCAAGCACUUCAGGCGCCAACAGCCUCGUCCAUUCUCAACACUGGUGCGAACAAUCCAUUGAUGAUGUACCUGCAUAAUCAGCAACAGCAACAUCAUCAGAAUGCGCUAGAGCAACAGAAGUCUCAGCAAGCAUCGUACACUUCCCCCCAGGCAGCCUUCUAUGGCGCUGACGCUAGUCCUACUGUGCAACAGCCCACGCACCCUACCCAUAAUGCUACGAGUAGCGUGAGCUUAAUGAACGGAGGAUCUACAAGUUCAACCACCAUCGGAGGCAUGCUUGCUCCCUCAAACCUCAGCGCCCGUGCACAGCAUGCCCGAGCGGUCAGUCUUCCAGUCUUCUCGCAGGGACCCUUCUCGCAGACCGCCCAGCAGGGCUCCCAGAAUUCUUUCGGCAGCCUCAGCUCCGGCCUGGGUGGAUUCGGCGGCGGCAGCAGUGGCUAUGGUCUUGCCAUUCAGGGUGAUGGCGGACUUCCUGGCUGGGCUGAGGAGGAGGUAGAGGUAGGGGCACAGUAG